GGUGGGGAAGGGUCAGCUCUGAGCUGUGCCGACUCCAGGCGGCGCCUCGCCUUCUUGCCUUCUCUCUGCCCGCCUCCGCGCUCCAGCCGCGGGGACAGUCGCGCGUGGCCCAACCCUGCCCACCUAUCAGAACGCGGAGAAAGGCAGUGCGCGUCUCGGGCUGAGUUCCUAGUUCGGAGUGCGAGUCCACCAUGACCCCCAAACCUGACGUGUUGAGUCAAGAUGAAUUGCGGAAAAAACUGUACCAGACGUUUAAGGAUCGGGGUAUAUUGGACACACUCAAGACCCAACUCCGAAAGCAGCUGAUCCACGAACUGAUGCACCCUGUGCUGUCUGGGGACCUGCAGCCCCCGUCCAUUUCAGUGGAAGGGAGCGCCCUCUUGGUCGGCGCUUCCAACUCGCUCGUGGCAGAUCACUUACGAAGAUGUGGCUAUGAGUAUUCACUUUCUGUUUUCUUUCCAGAAAGUGGUUUGGCAAAAGAAAAGGUAUUUACUAUGCAGGAUCUAUUACAACUCAUUAAAAUCAACCCUGAAUCCAGUCUCUACAAAUCACUGAUUUCAGGAUUUGAUAAAGAAGACCAAAAAGGUUUUCUCAUGCAGUUUCUGAAAGAAUUGGCAGACUAUCAUCAGCCUAAAGAGAGCUGCAAUAUGGAAACUCAGACAAGCUCAGCGUUUCCCAUCAAAGACUCUCUCGCGGAGAAGCUUCAGCUGAUUGAUGAUCAGUUUGCAGGUGCUCACCCCCAGCAUCCAAAGUUAGAAUCUUUAGAAAUCAGGUUAAACGAAUAUAAGAGAGCAAUAGAGCAGCAGCUGCGGGCAGACAUGUGUCAGAAGUGGAAGCACUUUAAAGAUACUGAAAUAGCAGAAAUUAAAAUGGAAGAGAAAAGAAGGUGUGAGAAGGAAUUAGCUGAGGUCCGGAACGAAUUCGAGAGAGCUUGUCAAGCAAAGUCUGAAGCCCUCAUUUCUCGGGAAAAGAUGACCUUUGAGAGAAUUCAAAAGCACCAGGAGAAUGAAGCCAAACAAAUUUAUGCUCAAAGGCAGCUUCUACUAAAAGAUAUAGAUUUGCUCAGAGACAGAGAAGCAGAGCUGAAGCAGAGAGUCGAAGCUUUUGAAUUGGCCCAGAGGCUACAAGAGGAAAAAAAUAAAAGCAUGGCUGAUGGGCUUAGGCGGCGGGAGCUGAGUAUAAAGAGUAUUGAGGAGACCUAUGACCAAAAGCUCAAGAAUGAACUUCUCAAGUAUCAACUGGAACUGAAGGAGGAGUACAUCUCCAGAACUAAUAGACUGAUUGAAGAGGAAAGGCAGAAUAAAGAAAAAGCUAUACACCUGCAAGAGGAGCUUGCAGUGCUCAGUUUUAAAAAGGAAGAGCUCGAUCGUUCUGUGAAGCGUGUGAAAGAACUUGAGCUCGAGUUAGAGUCUGUCAGAGCCCAGUGUGCAGCCUUAACAAAGCAAAACCACGUGCUGACCGAGAAGGUUCAAGAGAUGAGCGAUUAUCCACUCCUAAAAGAAGGGAAACUGGAGCUUCAGGCCCAAAAUAAAUUACUCAAAAAGCAACUGGAGGAGAUUAAAAAUGAAAACUUGCACCUCCUAAACCGCAUAGCUCAGCCAGCUCCCGAGCUGGUGGUUUUUCAGAAAGAAUUAAAGAAAGCAGAAAAUGCUAUUGCGCUUGAGCACAAGGAGUUUGAAACCCACAAGCAAGCGCUGCAGAAACAGCUGCAAAGUGAAAUUGAGCAUUCUGCACAACUCAAGGCCCAGAUACUAGAUUACGAUGCUUCUGUCAAGAGGUUAACUUUGCAGGUUACAGAUUUAAAAUUGCAACUGAAACAAACGCAGACAGCCCUGGAGAACGAAGUGUACCGCAACCCGAAGCCGGCUGUGUUCAGUCGCUCCAUCAGCGGAUCACUGGGCGGCAGGACGGUGCCCCACGGUGCUGACAUCGGCGAGGACUUCUUAAAAAAUCCUCUCAGACAGGAGGAGCUGAUGGCAGGCUCCGGUAGCCCAAGGAUCCCAAGUUACCCAAACGCCAGCACAGAGGGCAGUUCCCCCGAUUCUGACCUUGAGUUUGUAGCCAAUACCAAGGCCAUGGUGAGAGAGCUGGAGCAAGAGGCCGAGCGCUUGGAAAAAGCUUUCCAGAGUUACCAUCGGAGAGUCAGGCAGUACCCCACCAAGAGCCUGGCAGCAGACAGGAGCCCACCCGCCCUGCGCUCGCUGGAAAGCCUCAAGGGCGUCACUUCGGGGGCCCCUGAGAGGGGGAUGUUUGCAGAGGACAGAGUUGCCCCCCAGCAGCCUCUAGUGAGCGCCCGGAGAGAAGAAGAGAGCGAGGCCUCCGAGGUGGCCGGCAGCAUGGCCUCACGGCCCCACCGGGGCAUGGCCUCCAGACGCCUCUCCUCCACCCCACUCCCCAAAGCAAGGAGAAGCCUUGAUGGUGAAAUGUACCUGGAAGGUCUGGGACGGUCCCACGCUGCUGUCCCUGGUCCUGACCGGACACCGCAGCCUUCACCUGCCCUGUCUCAGCAUAGCCUUUCCAGACACUCGCUCUCCAGCCCCCCAGAGCAGAAGGCCAGUCUUUUUGAAAACCAAAUGGAACUUAAAGACAAAAGCGAAUUUUCCAAUCCAGACAAGCUAUCUUUUAAGGAUAAUGAAGAAUUUGAAUCAUCUUUUGAAUAUGCAGGGAACGUGCCCAGGCAGUUUGAGAUGUACGGCCUCCACCCUGAGGGCGACGUGCCUCACACGGACGGGGCCGCAGCCUCUGUGCCCGCCAGGCCUGUCUCCUGUCACUAUCCAAGGGUAGAUCAGAAACAAAUUGGAGAACUGAAGGAAGAAGAAAAACUUUGGGAACAACAAGCAAAAGAACGAAGGCAGGAAGAAGAGAGGACGCAGAGCGAGCGACAGGAGGCUUUGGAAAGGGAGCGGCGGGAGCUGGAGAGACUGGAUCAGGAAAGGAGGAUAAUUGAAGAAUCAUUGAAGAUGGAAAUGGAAAAAGAAAUCGAAAUGAGUAUUCAAGAAAUGAAAGAGAAAUCUAAGUCUGGUGGUGGUGGAAGUCCUUUAGAGAAGUACAUGAAAAUCCUCCAGCAGGAUCAAGGCCAGGACGCGGCAGAUAAGAGUUCAAAAAAGCUGGUCAGAGAGGACUCCCAAGUGGACACGCUGCCACCUAGUGACAAAGAUGAAAGUUUCACAGGUUUUUCUCAGGAGGAACCAGAUGACUUCUGGUAACCAUGUUUGCUACCCAGCUUCGUACACAGAUAAAGUAACUAAAGGCCUGUGAGUUCUCUGUAAUAAGACAAAAUUCUCAAUAAAAAUUCACUUGCAAUCCA